AUGUACGUAGCGUUCCCUUCGUACGUGAUGUCGAGCAUGGAGCCGUGUGCGUUCGAGAGGCUGCUGGACGCAGUGCCGGCGGUGCUGGAGGCGCUGCCGGAGGCGUCGCUGCGCGCCGUGGCGGCGACGAGCUGGACGGCGCUGGUGGCGGCGCUGCGGCACGCGCCGCUGCGGGUCGACUUCUACCCGAGGAAGAGCACCAUUGACACGCUGGCUGAGAGGAUGGAGCGCGGGCGACUGCCGGCGGUGGGGACGAUCACAUGCGACACUAGGGAGUGUCCGCGCGUGGCGGUCGCGGCGGAUGAUGCGGCCGUCCUGCCUGUUCAUGUUUACGAGCUGGAGGACUUCGACAGCGCAGACGAAACCACCGAAGACAUGGUUUCGUUCGCCGAGCGAGACGGCAGGCCGCUGCGGGUGCGGUGCUUGCGGAACCGGUGGCGCGACCUCGUGGAGGCGGCAGAGCCAGCGCGACCAUGCAACAUGGAGCCCGACGAGGAGCUGCGGUGGUGGCUGGAGGAGGUGGAGAGCAAGCACGGGGCAGCGUACACGGGGGCGCUGCGGCGGACGCUGGAGCGGGCGACGGUGCGGGAGCACGUGGAGGAGGUGUCGUUGUGGGAGUGUCCGAUGCGUGGGGCGCGGGUGGCGACGCUGGCGCCGGCGCUGGCGGGGCUGGGGAGGCUGCGGUGUUUGCGGCUGUGGAAGCACACGUUGGUGGACGACGACGGGCUGGCGGCGGUGGCGGAGGUGGUGCGGGGGCAGGGAGGGCUGCGGGAGCUGGCGGUGUACAAGUCGGGCGGCGACAUGCUGCCGCUGAUCGACAGUGUGGGGGAGCACCCGGCGCUGGAGGUGCUGGAGGUGGUGGUGAGCGACCACAGGGAGGCGGAGGGGGCGGCACUCGGGGCGGUGGCGGGGCGAAGCAGGGCGCUGCGGAGGCUGGCCGUCGGACAGAGAGGAAGGGGACGUACCUCGGAGGAGACGAUCUUCGCGCAAGCGCUGGUGUCAGCGCUCGGCGAGGUCCUGGGUGCGAACGCGCACCUGCGCGAGCUGGACCUCAGCAAGACAGCACUGCAUACCGACGUGUCUGUGUCGGACUUCAUGGAGGCGCUGGGUACAAACACUACCCUGGAGGUGCUGGACCUGUCGUGGACCGGCCUGGACGAUGAGGGCUGCGAGGAGCUGGGUGCGGCGCUGUCGGGGCAGUGCGCGGUGCGGGAGCUGAGCCUGCGGGGCGUUGACCUGUAUGGUGCUGACGUUCCACGUGCGUUGCGGGAGAGGUCGCGUCUGACGCGGCUGGACUGCCAAGAAGCCAGCUUGGGCUCUGACUUCAUGCGCGAGCUGGCGCGGGCGAUGGAGAGCAGCGGGGCACUCGGGCGGACGCUGGAGGUGCUCAACCUGUCGCGAACUGAGGACGACGACUAUAUGGACUUUGAGGCGUUGGUGAGAGCACUGGCCGGAAACGGCGAGAGCGCGCUGCGGGAGCUCAACCUCAGUGAGUGCUUCAUCACCUGGGAUGUGGGUCAUUCGCUGGGGCGAGCGCUGCGCUACAAUGGGGCGCUGCAGGUGCUGGACCUGAGUGACAGCACAUGUGCCUGGUUCCCGGACUGCGAGGAUGCCGUCGCGCUGGCUGCUGGGCUGAAGAACAACACGACGCUGCGUCGUCUGGUCGUUGUGCGGGGGCACAUCGGGCGGCGCGGCGCAAUUGCCCUGGCGGACGCGCUGGGAGAGACCUCGGCGCUGGAGGAGCUCGACUUGAGCUACCAGCUCGAUGUGGCCGAUUGUUAUUUGAACGAAUCGCCAACAAAUGGCCAACAGCGCGAGCCCUUCGACGAGUCGACGGCGGCCGCGUUCGCCGCUGCGGUGGACCGCGGCGCCGCGCUCCGGAGGCUGGACCUGUGCGGGGACGUGAUGGGGGCGAGGGGGGUCGGGGCGGUGCUGGACGCGAUGGCGCGGCGGGAGCCGAGCGUGUCGCGCGUGCUGCUGGCGAGCCGUCCGGCCAAGGACUCUGGUCUCUGGUUGCGGGAAGCGAGGCAAGGGCUGUACGGACGUGCUCGGCCGAAGCACGUGCAUUUCGAUUGGGAGUAG